AUGGGCCUCCUCGACCAGCUCUGGGACGAGACGGUCGCCGGCCCACGGCCGGACCACGGCUUCAGCAAGCUCCGGAAAUACUCCUCCUUCUCGCCCUCGAGCCCGGCGGCCGCAGACGUCGCGCCGGCGGUGACCCGCAGCAUCACCAUCGCCCGGCCGCCGUCUCUCUCCCUCCCGUCCGGCGAGUCGAGCUCCGUGCCGUCCACCCCGGCCAGUGCGCCGGACUCCCCGUUCGCAGCAGGUGGACGGCUGGAGGGCGUUCCGCCGGAAAUCCAAGAUGGCCAACGUCGACGCCGUCCAGGCAGAGGCGACCGUCGGGCCCAGGAGCCCAACCGUGUACGACUGGGUGGUGAUCAGUUCAUUGGACCGAUAAUAAAGAAGCACAACCGGAGUGUGAAAUAA